GAUGCAGCCUCUGAUGCUGAAGACAUUCUGGACGAAGCCAAGACGCAUGAACUACUCAUCCAGCGCAAGGAAGAGCUUUCUGGUCAUCCAAGAAGCGAGGUGCGUGAAUUCUUUCGUCUUGAUCAUAACACACUCUUGUUUAAACUUCAGUUGGGGGACAAGCUCAGAAACGUCAAUGAGAGAAUAAUUAGCCUCAUUAAGGAGAUGAACGAGUUCAACCUGAGGGUUGUUCAAAACAACAGCAUAUCUUGGAGGAACAGGCCUCAAACCCACUCAUUUGUGCGUGAAUCACGAGCUAUUGGAAGAGAUGAAGAUAAAGACAAGUUGGUGCAGAUGCUGAUCCGUGAUACUUCUUAUGAGAUAGCAGUGGUUUCUAUAGUCAGUAUGGGUGGGAUGGGUAAGACGACACUUGCUCAGUUGGUCUAUGGAGAUGAAAGGAUCAAGAAACAGUUUAAGCUACGCAUAUGGGUAUGUGUUUCUGAUGAUUUUGAUGUGCCAAAGCUCGCUGGAAAGAUCAUACAUACAGCUUCUGGAGAAAAUUGUGAUCAUACAAACAUAGAGGUGCUGCAACAGAGGCUGCGAAAAGAAUUGGGGCAGAAGAGAUAUUUGCUGGUAUUAGAUGAUGUAUGGAAUGAAGAUUUCCAAAAGUGGGAUGCUCUUAGAAACAUGUUACUCGAUGGAGGAGAAGGAAGCAGAAUUCUUGUGACCACACGCAAUGAAAAAUGCUCUCGAGUGAUGGGUGUUCAGAAACCUUAUUUUCUGAGCCGUUUAUCAGAAGAAAGCUCUUGGAAUUUAUUUGAACAGAAAGCAAAUUUUGCUGUAGGUGUACCAAAGCCACCAAAAUUGUUGGAGAUUGGUCAAGAGAUUGUCAAGAAAUGUCAAGGAUUACCACUUGCUAUUGAAGUUAUGGGGUGUAUCAUGCACUGUAAGAGCGAAGAAAGUGAAUGGCAGGCCGUGUUGGAAAAUAUUGAAACAUGGAAGUUACAAAAUACGCAAAAUGAAAUCAUACGAGAGCUGUGGCUAAGCUAUGUUGAUUUGCCUACUCAUUUAAAGAAAUGUUUUGCCUUUUGCUCCAUAUUCCCAAAAGGAUCACAAUCUUGAGGAAGAGAAGCUGAUUCAAUUUUGGAUGGCUCAUGGGUAUAUUCCAUCUCAAAAAGGAAAUGAUGUGGAAGUUGAAGGGCGAGAGGUUUUCACCGAGUUAAUAAGGAGAUCUCUUUUACAAUAUCAUCAUACUUCUCAUGCUGAAACAAUUGGAAGAGUGUGUAAGAUGCAUGAUCUCAUCAAUGAUCUGGCAUACUUUGUAAUGGAGAAUGAAUGCUUCCCAUCGUUGAGAAGCAGUGCAGCCACCGAAAUCUCAUUAAGGCCACGUCAUUUGCAAUUAGAUGCCAAUGAAAAUUAUAACCAAGGUGAUUGCUCCAUCAUCCGCACUGUGCUAUAUUGUGGAAGAGACUUAAGUUUGUUGUCAAAGCUGAAGUUGGUGAGGGUGCUCGACUUGAGUGGUACACGCAUUAACAAGUUUCCUGCAGCAAUUGAGCAUUUGCACCAUCUAAGAUACCUUGAUAUUUCUGGUACUCUAAUUAGGAAACUACCGGAAUCCAUUUGUAUGCUGGUUAAUCUGCAGACAUUGAAACUGUAUGGUUGUCGUGAAUUUUCCGAGCUUCCCAACAGCAUAACAUACAUGAACAGU